GUGCUAUUGUUCAGAGAGAUGUUGAUUUGAAUGUAAAUGGGUGACAUGCCAAACGCAAGGUGCUUAUUAAAUUGAUGUGUGUCUUGGCUUUUCUGGAAUGCAGGGUAAGAUCAGAGCGGCUGUAGUCAGCGGCUGCUCACAAGUCCUAGGAUGGCGAGUUAUGGUCACUUGGAGACCGUUGUGCCUUGUCCCAGGCAAACACCCAGGAGUGGGAGCUCCCCAAAUACCUGCGAUGGAGUCACCCCGAAGGCAUUGGCUUUUUCCAUCGAGAGAAUCAUGGCCAAGAACUCUGAACCAAGGAGCUCUACUGAACAAAGGCAAAGCUUGGAGAAAGCCGAAGGCAAAAAGGUUGGGAAAUUGUGCUCCCCUGUGCCUUGCGUGCUGCCCAUCCAACCCUUUCCUUAUGACUUGCAAGCGAAGGCUCUCCUGAAUUACUCGGAAGUGUGGAAGUCUAACCUGAGAGGUUCACUCUGUGCUUCAGCGCCUAUGUGUAAAUCAAACUGUGGGAUGUGCUACAAAACUGACCUAACUUUAGGCCCUUCCGUGAUGGCUGCAAACAGGCUGAUCAAACCCCAAGUCAUCAACCAAACGGUGGCGAUGCCUGCGAACGGCUCCCUCUAUUAUUUCAACUACCUAGACGCAACGUACCACCCUUCAGAGUUACUGCACGGCCACCACAUUUUCCCGUCUCAUAUCCUCGGCACUCAGCCGCCGGCCUCACUUUCCGCUCACCAGAAACUACUUCUGCUGGAGAACGCGAAAUUCGCCAGCCUGGCAGCGGAGAAAUACCCGAGCCCGCAAUUCCCUCACAAAGAACGCAUUCCGGGGCAGCUGGACCAAGUGAUCAAGGAAAACGGGAGCUUUCCAGUGGAAAAGAAUGUCAUUAAACACCACCAGAAACUGAGCAACGCGACGAGCGACGGCAAACCUAAAAACUUCACCUGCGAAGUUUGUGGAAAGGUUUUUAAUGCACAUUAUAACCUGACGCGCCACAUGCCCGUCCACACUGGGGCAAGGCCAUUUGUGUGUAAAGUCUGCGGGAAAGGGUUUCGACAAGCUAGUACCCUGUGCAGACAUAAAAUAAUCCACACACAGGAAAAGCCCCACAAAUGUAACCAAUGCGGUAAAGCAUUUAACCGGAGCUCCACUCUCAACACACACAUCCGGAUCCACGCCGGUUACAAACCUUUUGUUUGCGAAUUCUGUGGGAAAGGAUUUCACCAAAAAGGAAACUACAAGAACCACAAACUGACACACAGCGGAGAGAAGCAAUUCAAAUGUAAUAUAUGCAACAAAGCGUUCCACCAGGUCUAUAAUUUGACAUUUCACAUGCAUACCCACAAUGAUAAAAAGCCCUUCACAUGCGGCACUUGUGGGAAGGGAUUCUGUAGGAACUUUGACUUGAAGAAGCAUAUAAGAAAAUUACACGAUGGCAACUCAACUAUAGCGCCUGUGAACGAGCGCUCAAGAGUGGGGAUAAGUUAGUCUUUUGACUUCGAUUCGGAUUCUGAUUUCGCGGACAACCAUUUCUGUAUAUUGCAGUUUGAAAUACCAUCUAUCUGAGAUUAUUCGAUGCACUGCAAUGCUCUUUGCUUCAGAUGCCGGUUAUGGAACAGUGGAUAAUUCAUAAGAUACCAUUUCCCUGCUGAAUUUGUAGGUUUAAGCGGCUUGAAUUUGUUUCACAAAAAAAAAAUAUGAACGUCGCCAACACGUCCCGGCCCAAUAAUAUUGAGAAUGAAUAGUGGUGUAAAUAUACAUGUUAAUUAAAUGUCCCAUAUCACAUUAUUUUUUUUCUGUAUUGUAGCAUUUUAUAUCUGAAACAUACCGUGGAUUGGUAAAUAUGUAAUCUCGAAGUAUUUGUUAGAAUGUUGCUUCGUUUGCAUAUCUGUAAAUUUAAAUUAUGUUGUAAAAAUGAAUGUGUCCACUUGCAAAAUAAAAGUUAAGUUUCCAAGUAUGCAUUU